AUGAGUUCCAUAAAAGAUGCAAUAGUACGAAUAGGGCGGUCAAUACGACAGGUCGAGGCAUUAACUCCUACUAAGAGAAGAAGCACUGGAUCUGCUGCAUCAAAUUCAGCAUCCGCAGACUCCACGGUUCCAAAGGAACCAAAUCCCUUGCAUUAUACAACCUUAUCGAAUGAGGAUCUCCUGAAGUACACUCCGCUCAUAACAGAGGAUUACCGAAGAAAAUACUACCAAGAAUAUUUGAAGCCGCUCAAUAUUCCCAACCUAAAGACGUUCCAGAAGAACAGACCUGUGUAUGAUUCACAAAGGGCCAGUGAAAACUGGAAGAGGAAGAAACUUCUGCCAUCUGUAAACUACUUGGAAAAUCGAAUGAAGUUCCUCAGGAUGAUGGACUUGCUAAUUGAACUUACACCUGAUUCCUUAAAGCUAUCCAAUCCUUCCAUUUCCACGGUGUACAUCCAGAAUUUGAUAUCAAGGCAAGAGUUGGAAAGCAACGAAAACCAAUUUCGGGCGGAAACGCCUAUAUAUCACUUCCAUGAAUUGCCACAGCUCUAUAUGCCCACCGAUGGAGGCGUGCAGAGCGACAACGAUAAUGUCAGCUUGGAUUUUCAAAAGUAUAUCUACUUCUUGACCCACCUGAAGUGCUUGUACAAGAAUUCUUCAUCGUUGGAGAAUGGGAUUAUACCCGACAUCUUAUUGUACACGCACAGUUUGGAAAACCCAGAGUUCAAAUCGUUAAGAUCAGUCCACACGUUCAACUACUUAAUAAGGUAUUUCGGAUAUGAAAAAAACCAGAGCUCCUUUGCUAGAGAGCUACUUUUGGUAAUGAACAAGGAUGGAUUGAAGCCCAACAUCGAUACUAUCAACAACUUGCUUAGAAUGUGCAAGACGCAUCUGCGGAUUAGAUCUCUCUCUAGCACUUACAGCGCCGUGAUGCAGUACCUAAAUUUGUGUAAAGACUUGGAAUUACAGGUGAAUUUGACAAGUUGGAAUAUGGUGUACGAUCUGAUCAGCAAUAUUUUUCUAAAGGAAAUAUUUAUAGACAAGAUGAAUAGCAUAAACUUGCCUGUUCUGCGGAACCUAUACACUAGAAUCUUGGAUGAUUUUAUGGAGACUACGAAAGAUGAGGCGGAAGUUGUGAGAUUCAUCGAAGAAGACUUGAAAAUUGCCAAUUGGAAGCAAGAUUCGUUGAUAUCCAAUAAAGUGUUGAGGUUUCAAUUAAGAAACACGAAAUCUUUGGGUACAGACAUCCGAGAUCUACUUAGCGAGAAUGAAUUGGCAGAUUCGGCAUUUACGUCGACUGAUGGCUUAGUGGAAAAUACAGAACUGCAAGAUAGAUCAAGGAUUAUUGAUGAAUAUACUUUCCAAAGCCUAUUCCAUCACAUCAUGUUUCAAUCAAAAAAUUUAACCAAUAAGGCAUGGCAUGCUGUCAAGCUAUACACAUAUAUGCUACAGUACUAUCCUCAAGUAAAGCCUAACCCAAAGUCUUUUAUCUAUUUGAUUCGAGGAUUGUGUUUGAGUAGUACAAAUUACUGCACUGAAAGUUUGAUGUUUUUGGUUAGGGCGCUUAUUCACGAAGAAGCUACCGAGAAAUUGGGCUUACCAAUUGUACAUAAAAGAAUAAUGAACGAAAAUAAUGAAAUAGUUAAUGAGGGGCCUAGUGAGAAUUUUAAGAUUAUGAGAUUAUUGGUCGGAGGAGGAGUGUUGAAUGAGUUGGAAGGUCGAUUCUUGUAUGAUAAGGGAGAACGAACAGGAGUUUCUAUAUUAAAGGACCCUUUGACAGAUGAGGAAAGGCUUGCGUGGAACCAGUUGAAGAGUAGGUUUAGUGCUUCUAAAUUUGCAUUUACAGACUCUCCAAGCGACGAAGAAAACAUAUUAAUUGGUAAAAUAGAGGAAGCUGAAGAUGGUGAGUUAACUAAGUCCAAGCAGUAUGCGAACGUUCAAAAAAAUAGAUCUUUGAAUGCAACCUACAGAAAUCGAUUGGAAAGGAUUCAUAAGGGGAACUUUAAGUUCACUGUAAACAAGUUGAAGGAAAGGAAUUUGAUAAAGAAAGCAUUGUAA